AUGUCAGAGAAAACCCAAAAAGACAUCUUCACACUCUUCGAUAGACAAGCAAGAGGAAAAAUCUCGAAACAGCAGCUGGGCGAUUACUUGCGGGCCAUUGGGUUCAAUCCAACCAAUGCUUUGGUUGAAGAAAUUGGGACCGAUGCUCCUGACGCAUUGACGCUCGAAGAGACCACCGCUUUGGUCUCCAAGCACCGUGAGGCGUUGGACAAAACAACUCAAGGUAAAGUGGACGAUUUCAUCAAGGCUUUUCAGGUCUUUGACAAAGAAAACAAAGGCAAAGUCUCUGUGGGUGACAUUCGGUACAUGCUAACUGGCUUGGGAGAACGUCUUUCAGAUGCUGAAGUUGAUGAGCUACUCAAAGGUGUUGAAGUAGACUCUGACGGUGGUGUAGACUACCGCAAAUUCAUUGAAGAUAUCCUGAGGCAGUGA